AUGAAGAGUGGAGAAGUGACCACGAAUCUUCAUUAUUUAUCUGACCGGCGUCAUGCCCUUAAUAUAGCGAUGAAGUCGUAUAAAUCAUUUUCAACAAACGACAAAGUGGUAGCAGUUGAUGAUGAUGGAGUUGAAAAUAUCGCAAGUACGCUUCAGGAUGAACACAAAAUACCGGAUAGGGAUGUUGUUAUUGGUUGGUUAACAAAAAACAACCCUGAUUUGUCUAAUGAAAUUGAAGAUUUUAGCGCCAUUUUAAAUAAAUUUAAGAAGACGCAAGAAAACAGUGAAGAAGUAACUUCAACACGAAGGUUUUAUGGACGUGAGAAUUCGAUUGAUGAUGCGGAAUGCGAUGUUAAUAAAGUUGUCAGAAGUACUAAAAGAAGUUUGUCUAUGGAGAGUCAAGACAGCGCGCUUAACCAUCCCACUUUGGUAAAGAAGAAAAGAAAAUAA